GUGUCAAGCGCAGUUUGAUUAAGAAUAACUAAAAUAACAAACCAAAAAUUAAAAAAAAAUCCAAAUUUUUUUGAUAACAUGGAAAACGAAAUGCCUAUUGACAUUGAAUCUGAGAACUCGGACGGUGCAAUGACAAGUGAAACGGAUAAUCCGGAACAAGGUACAAGUAAUAUGCCCGUUAAGCAUAUGCUGCUUCAACAGAUAUCGAUCAGCAAAUACGGCCAACUCGUGAAGCAGAGCCGAGAAGAGCUGCUCGUUGAGCAGAGCUCAGGAUCUGAGCCAGUGCAGCAUAAGGGCAUACUUGUAGAGAAGGGAAUUAUGGAAUACACAGAUGGUUAUGAGCUAAUCGGAGAUUGUGGAACCACAGAAAAUGCGGAGGAAAUGGUGCAUCAGACACGAGAUGAAUUUGUUGAGCAAUUGUGCUCGGAUCCCAAGUACGCACACGUCAAGGGCGUACUUAUAGAGAAGGGAAUACUCGAAGACAGCAGUGACCCAGAUGCAGAUCAAGACCGCUAUGUGGAAACUAGCUCAGAUCUGGGUUCUUUGGAAAAGGAACUAGAGGAGUAUUGUCGAACAACGACAAAGCGUCCGGUGGAUAUGCCUACCAGUAUAGAAGAUAUGAUGAUCUACAUCAAUGAGUUUACGGAGGGCUUGGGUACCAAAUCAGAUGUCAAGGAUUGGGACAAGUUUCGUAGUUGUAUACGUGAGGUUUAUGACUAUCACCUGAAUAAAAAAUCGGAACAUGAAAAUGUUGAAGAAAAUGCGGAAGAAAAUGCGGAUGAGCAGACUCAUAAUAACGGACUGGAUCUGAAAAAAGAUCUAACGCGAGUCGAGUUGGAUAUUGUGAAGAUGAUGCAGCCAUUGAAUGAGCUCAUCCAACGAUCACAGCAGCUAACUAGUAGCAUUGAAUCCAUUGAGAAUAAGAUCAGUCGAUUGGAUCUCAAAGUGGACAGUUUCUACAUCAGAUAUAAUGAAAAUCUACAGAAAAGGGAGCAAUCCUUCGAAGAGAUGCUGGCGCUGCAGAGAUUGCGUGAACGAAUCGGCGAGAGGUUGACAAAAAUCGAAACGGAAAUUCAUACAUCCAAAACUCUAUUACUCCAGGGGCGUGAGCAGAAGAAUUAAAAAACAAUAAAAAAUCAAGGAAAUGAGGCUCGUUAGUGAAAUUGUAGGUAUGCCGCCCUCUGAAAAGCAUCGAAAAGGUCUCUCUCUCUCUCCGCGGCUCUCUCUCGCUCUCUCCCUGUUUACCUCGGUAAAGUGAGGAAAUCAGUAGCUCUUCCAUCAGCAUCCAGCAAUUACACUUAUGAGCCCCCAUUCCAAAUGCAAUUACUCUGAUUAUGGACCUUGUUGUUGCACUUUGCGUAUGUCGUUAUAACUGAUCUGACAAACCAAAGUCUCGUUUCAUGUGGGCACUCAAAUUCUGUGUAUGUCUUCACCAAUUCACAUUAAGCAAUAAAUAUCGAAAUGUUUAUGAA